AGUUUUCAGAGAGAAGUGAGCGGCCACCAGCCCCUGACCUCCUGUGUUCUGCACACUGGACAGCUUCUCCUCAGCUGCAUCAACACCACGUCUCCACUUUUACGAGAUGCCCUGCUGUUGAUUGAGAGGCAGUCCGGAGCUCUGGAGACCCACGCUGAACACCUUUUCUCCUCCAUCCUGUCUGCCAUGGACAGCCUGACCCAGCCCAGUCCAGUCCAGCAGAACAGAGAAGAGGACCAGGGGUCCGCUUUGUGAACAGACUGCAGGACGUGUCUUGUGUACAAGCACAUGACUUAUUUCACUUAUUUAUUAUUUUUUCUCUACUUUCUUCCAACAGUUCUGGUUUUUAAUGCAAGGCUCAGGUUAAUGUUUCACAAAAAGCUCAACCAAUGUUUUUUAAACAUGUUAGCAUCGUGUGUAUUAGAUGGGUAUGUAUGCUAAUACAUGAUGUUUUUGUAAUGGAGAGAAUGAUGUCCAGAGAUUUUGAAGACGUUUAAUGAAGAAAACGUUCAGGAGCAGUUCAGUGUCUAAACUGAGCCUCAAAGUGCAUCUAAUACAAUCUGUUACACUCAUAUUCAAUUAACCUUUCAUAUUGCACUGCUUUUUCUAGUCAAAUGUACUGUCCUCUGAUCACUCUUUCUAUCACUUGUAAUGUUUGGCGGUGGUACAUGAAUAAUUAUUAUUUUUUUCAACUGGAAUCUCAAAGAGAAUCUUAGACAGACAGGGUUUUAAAUGAAACUAUAUUCCAGCUGGUCCAGUUGGUCUGCUGGGUUCACAGUCACACCUUGCUUUUUAAGUUUGCUUUCAUUUAAAAAUGGGCCUAAAUUCCUUUAAAAUGUGUGUAAGCACCUGACAUGAACUUAAGAGUCCACAGAGCAGCAGCAGGAGCUCUGAUUGACCAGUAUCGACUUCUUAUACGUUACUUAAUUCCAUUCUUCCAUUUUAUGCAACUUUCAAUUUCUACUCCUACCUCUCAGAGGGGAAUAUUGUACUCUUUACUAACGACAUUUGUAUGACAGCGUUCAGACAUCCUGUGAAAACCAUGUAUCUCCAAAUGUGGUGAUUUUGAAUGUGAAUUUCCCUGAUAAACUGAAGGAUUAGAUGUGUGUGGGCUCAAGGGGAAUAACAAAACAGUAGUUGAAAGUUGACAAAUUUUAAAGUCUGAAUAAGAACAUGGAAUUAAUAAUUGACAUUCUAAUGGAAGUUCAUUAAUGCAACAUUUACAAAUUAAAAAAAAAAAUUUUGGUAAGUGGAUAAUUACUGUGAUGACACACUGCUGUGAUGACAGUUCAGUUAGUGUUGGAGGACAUGAACAGCUCGGAGUCUGGCCUGUGUUCACUCUUGAAGGGAGGUGAACAGUGAGUCACACACCAUGUACUGUACUGUAGGACAUGGCCAUGAUUUCACAACCUGAGUUUCUCACAGGGAUCAAAGACGUUUUCUUAUCAGCUGGUUAAAGAAAGUGAUUAUACGGUACAGAACGGGGUCACUAUCCACAUUUCCAACAUAACACACAGCCUUAAAACACAUUUUCAUCUGUCCUUACUGAUGUCAGUGCUGUUUGUUAUACAUGUAUGUUAUACUUCAGUUCACCCAAAUUACAAAGAAGACAUUUUCUCUCUAGUGGUAGUCUCCUAAACACUCAAAGUGCUUUACACUUCAUGACACAAUUACCCCAUUCAAACACAGUUAUACACUGAUGACCGAGCCAACUGCUCAUCACAAAGGAACUACCAUUCACACAGAGGAGGGGCCGGGGAUCAAACCACCGACCUUCUGAUUAGCGGAGGACCCGCUCUCUCUUCUGAGCCACAGCCACCCCAGUCUGAAAAAAAUCUGUCUGUGAGAUCUCCGCCUCCACCACAGUACAAUGGAGGUGGAUGGAAUUUAGUUGAUAAUCUCUUUUUGUCACUUGUUUUAAAACUUCUAUUUCCUUCCUAAAGUAUACUGUGGCCCCUAGAGACAAAAUUGGACAAAUGUAACAUGGCUUGAUAAAUCCACUCCAGUUUUGUUGUCAUUUGGGUGAACAUAUCCUCUAAAAAGCCUUAACAACCCCAAAAUGCUCAAACUUUUCACUUUAUUGUAAAAUUCAAUCAUUGAAUAAAUCAGAUUGUUUAAAAUCC